AUGGACCAAGAGAAGAUGGAACCUGCGGGCUUGGAGAACCUGUGCCAUCAACAAAGUGCGAAGAUCGGCCAAGUCGAAGAUCCAUACAUCCAGCCCGGCUAUGACCUUCACAAACGUCUCGAAACGCGCCAUGUCACGAUGAUUGCGCUUGGCGGUGCGCUUGGAACAGGAUUGCUGAUUGGAACAGGCUCGGCUCUAGUCAAGGCAGGCCCAGCCGGCAUCCUCAUCGACUACUCCAUCGUCGGCUGCAUCGUCUUCCUCGUCAUGGCCGCCCUCGGCGAAAUCAUUUCCUACAUGCCCCUCUCCCACGGCUUCGGCGGCUACGCGACACGCUUCGUCGACCCGGCUCUCGGCUUCGCGACGGGCUACUGCUACUUCUUCAAGUAUCUCCUCGCCACGCCUAAUCAACUCUCUGCCUUUGCCCUGAUCAUGAAGUUCUGGGUAGGGGACCGCGUCAACCCGGCCGUCUUCAUCACCAUCGCCCUGGUCCUGAUUCUCCUGAUCAACAGUAUCAGCGUCAAGGCCUUUGGCGAGUUCGAGUUUUGGCUCUCAUCUCUGAAAGUGGUCAUCAUGAUUGGCGUCAUCCUGCUGCUCUUCAUCCUCGCCGUGGGCGGCGGUCCCACCGGCGACCGUCCCGGCUUCAGGUACUGGUCCGACCCGGGUGCUUUCGCCGAGUACAAGGUCGAUGGUGCCCAGGGCCGUCUUCUCGGGGUCUGGAGCGCCAUGGUGGCCGCCGUAUACGCCUUCUCCGGCACGGAACUCGUCGGCGUCACAGUCGGCGAGGCCAAGAACCCGCGUCUGUGCAUGCCAAAGGCUGUUCGCCUGACCUUCAUGCGCAUCGUCUUCUUCUACAUCAUCUCCGUCUUCCUGCUGGGCAUGGUUGUCCCUUAUAACAGCGCCGAGCUCGUCUUCGCAGCUAAGGCCAAGACCAGUGCUGCGGCCUCGCCGUUUGUGGUGGCCAUCACCAUUGCCAAGAUUAAGGGGCUCGAUCACGUCAUCAACGGUUGUCUUGUAGUUUUUGUCUUCUCGGCUGCGAACUCGGACAUUUACAUCUCGUCUCGCACGCUGUAUGGCAUCGCUGUCGAUGGCAAAGCCCCUCGUAUCUUUUCCAAGACUACCAAGGCCGGCGUGCCCUUCGUGGCUUUGGGUCUAUGUGGUGUCUUCUGCUGUCUGGCGUACAUGUCUGUCAGCUCCGGUGCCGCAACCGUCUUUGGCUACUUGACGAACGUCGUCACUGUCUUUGGUCUGCUUACAUGGAUGUCCAUUCUCGUCUCCCACAUCUUCUUCUGCCGCGCCCGCACCGCCCAACGAAUCGAUGCUGCCUAUAUCCCGUAUCGCGCUCCUCUGGGCUCUUGGGGCUCCUAUGCCGCCCUCGGCUUCCUCAUUGUCCUGACCUUGACUAAAGGUAUCGAAGUGUUCGUCGGCACUUUCGACUAUAAGAACUUCAUCGUUCAGUACAUUGGGAUCCCUGUCUACCUGAUCUGCAUUUUUGGGUACAAGAUCUUCAAAAAGUCCCAUCGCGUUCGGGCUGAGACAGCCGACUUGGUCACGGGCGUGCCAGCAGAGACUGUUGCCGAGGAGAGAGCAGCGCUUGAGGCAGAAAGAAGGGAAAAGGAGGUAGCGAUGGGGAAGAAGAGUGCAUUUGCUAAGGUUUACCGGAAGGGGUUCUCAUGGCUAUUCUAA